AUGGAACCUAGACCGGACCUCGCCCCCGACCAAGGCGACAACUUUGGAGUCGACGACUUUGGAGGCGACGACUUUGGAGGCGACGACUUUGGAGACGACUUGGGUGAACUCGUCUCCAAGGACGACGUCCGAAACAAACUGGACGAUAACCAAGGAGACGACGAACGAGCCGACCAGCGAGUCGGCGAGCGAGACGCCGACUUUGGGGGCGACGAUGGAGAUAACUCGGGCGGUAGCCGACGAGGCAACUUAGGUGUUGAUUUGGGUGUAGACUGUGGAGUUGAAUUUGACCGAGAGGACGACCUGGGAGCUGAGCGAGGCGACGGUUUAGACGGCGACCGGAAGGCCUGCGAAGAAGACGGGAGUCGAAGCGAGAGGUCGGCGACACGGUGGGCAGUGGGAGUGUCGUCAGAUUCUGAAUCAGAGUCUGAGUGUGCGAUAACUGGAGUGCGGCAGGUGGGGGCGCGUGCAGUGCCGGAGUUUGUGGAACGAGUAUCGGAGCGUGGUUGGGGGUCGUUGUUGCCACAGGUGGAGUCGUAUUUGGGGUUUGUGGACGCGGAGUCGUUGAGACCGGGACGGCGACUCCGUUUUGUGGGACGGCAUUGUCCGUUGUUUAACAAUGAGUAUGAGGAGUGGAUGGCGCAUAUAGAAUUGGCGGCGCGUGCGGAGUCGGAUGUAAAUACAGCCUACGAUCGUUUCGCCUUGCGUGUGGUUACUAGCCGCACACUGCACUACAUGUUGUAUGGUCAUCUGAUGCACUACGUCGAUGUGCCGGUGGAUCCUGCGCUCUGUGUCGAGGACGCAGUCGCCGCCUACCGCGCCGCCGUGCCCUGUGCCCCUACCACUCUUCAUAGACGAGACUUGUCUCCCCAAGUAAUCCAUCUCGACGACAGUCCCCCUGCACCCGACCGGGACCGGAGCCUGGAUUCGAACUCCCCGAGUUCGGAAGACGAAUGGCGGCGCUAUUUGGCCGAGGGGCGGGUCUUGGAAGAGUUGGAGCGUCCCGCUAACCCGCUGCUGCGGUUGAACGCACAACUCUUCCCCCACCAGGUGGAAGCCGUCCGCUGGAUGGUACGGAGAGAGCAGCCGGGCGCGAAGCUGGAGGAAACAUACUACGUGCGAUUGCCGCGACGCCGACCACCAUUAAACGGUGAGCCACAUGGUCUGUACCUUCCACGCGAAUACCGCACGGGUGGAUUGGCCACACGUGACGUGGUCUUGGACACCUACGUCAUGGAAUGUAUAUGUGAUCCCGACCAACCCCGUGGGGGUAUCGUAGCAGACGAAAUGGGCCUCGGCAAGACGCUUCAAGUCAUCGCCACAAUCAUGCAAGACCCGUACACCUACGACCAGGUCCGCAAAGACCCACUCAUCGACUGGCUGCACACGGACUCCGAACACGAUAGUGCGGCAGGCGGCCACCAGGGGGGUGACUACGAGGGGGGUGACCCUCUCGAGAACAUCCAUCUGGAAGACAACCAUCUGGAGUGUCGAGUGAGGAAGGAGCAGAAGCUGCGAGCGGCCCCGAAGCGGGGGACCCGCCUGGGGACAGCACCUGGAGACACGCGAAGGCGACGAGGCCGGCACCUGGGGACAGGGGCGAGGUCUGGAAUCCGGUCGGCGGAGAUAGGGGGCGAAUUACGAUUUGAUGAGAAAGAUGUUCGGAUGGGUGGUACGCUGGUGAUUGCGCCAGUAUCAGUGAUUGGUAAUUGGCGCGAUUCGAUGGUGAAGUUUACGCAGGUACCUGAGCACUUGAUUUUGGAGUAUCACGGUGCGGUGAAGGGUAAGACAACGUUAAACGACUUGGCUAAAAAAGUGAUGGUGAUUACGAGUUACGCGGCGUUGUUAGGCAAGGGCAACAGUCUCACGGAUCUGCACAAAAUCCAUUGGCGUCGAGUGGUGUUGGAUGAAGCGCACGAGAUCCGGAACAUUCGCGCGAAACGCACGAAAAGCAUUCUUCAACUCGUCUAUGACAUUGGGUGGGCCCUCACCGGCACGCCCAUUCAAAACGCCGUCGAAGACCUGCUUCCACUGCUGAAGUUCAUCCGCGUCACUCACAGUUUCUAUACUGAGCGCGAACCCAGCCGCACUCAACAUGACUUCGAACACCAAAUGCAUUUCCGAAGAGCCUUUGCUAUACGAACAUAUAUCCUUAGACGUACCAAACGUCUACUUGAACUCUCGGGUCAAGCGCAAUCUGAGUACACCGCUACCGCCGAACUCAGACUCGCCCCCGACGGGCCCAUGCCUCACUCUACCGCCUCUCUGGCUUCUACUGCUUCAGUGGUCACUACUUCAGUGGUCACUACUUCAGUGGUCACUACUUCAGUGGUCUCCAGCACCUCUCUGGCCUCUGUCGCCGAGGACACGGGGAAUGAUGUGUUUGCCACCGAAGGAGCUAGUAAACUGGUGCUGCAGUUCGACGCGGCCGAAUACGAGGACUACGAGGCAUUCCGGCGCGUGGCGAGCGCUCUGUCCGCAGAGGUCCGGACGGAGUUCAUCCUACUCAAUGCACUCGUGACACAUAUGCGGUUGCUGAGCGGUAGUCCGGCGGCACUCGGGGCAAACGCAAGUCGCGCCUUUGCCGAGGCCAUCCGUGUCCGAGACGGCGUAGGGGGUCUGGAAGCGCUGGGUGAUGGCGACCGAGGGUGGACGAAGAACACGAAGCUGAUCGAAUCGGUGCUCGACAAUCCGAUCAUACGACAGCUAAUACGCGCCACGGGCGAACAGGAGGACGACACGCUCUGUCCCAUCUGCUACUGCGAAGGCGUCGACGCCGUCACUGUCUGCUCGCACACCUUCCACCGCAACUGCCUCCGGCUCUGGUUCGAACACCACCGCGCGCAAACCUGCCCCUCCUGCCGCCGCAAAAUCCGACUCAGCGAGGUCGUCAGUGUGGCGCAACUGAAAACCUAUACCCCUGGCCAACCCCCCCCAGAGACACCCCCAGAGACACCCAUCAAGGAAUCCAGCAAAAUACGCAUCGUCGCGGACAUGAUCCUCCAGCAAGUCAAGCAAGGACACCCAUCCGACGUCACUCCCGGCCCUGUCAAAGUCGUCAUCUUCAGCUCAUUCGUGCGAGUAGGCACCCGCACACACCCCCGCACACAAUCACACGACCCGGAUUGA